CGGAGUAAUAUUUUCAUGUUUUUCUUCUGUGUACACGUGUGUACAUGAGUUUGCACGUAGUGUACAUAUACACGUACGACGCACCUGCGGUGCAACGUCGGUGCAUUUGCCAACGCAUUUGUGCCGGUUUCGCAGUUUCGGGUAAUUUGUUUGCACACAUGUGAGGUCGCAAAGGGUUAAACUCCAAAAGUCACGUGGAGUAGCUGGAUUUAUAGGGAGAUUAAUCUUGAUUCAUUUUGGACAUCCUAAUCAGGGCUCGAGCAGGGUCUGAUAAGGAGACAAACAUAACAUCAUACACCUGUUGUAAUGGCAUCACCCACCAGUGAGUUAUUUCCCAAAGAUGUGUUCUCGACCAUGGAAGAUGAUAAUGCAGUACUCGCAAAAUGUCAAAGCAUUGCAUUGGAUAUUCAAGAAGGGCGUAUUAAAUUCCUUGCUGUUGUCAACGAGCUGGAACAUUUUCUGACAAAUAAGGAUGUCAACUUACGAGAGAAGGGAGUCAGAAUUCUUUCUACUACAUUAGGUCUUUUGCCUACAGAUUUUUUUAAUGAAUCUGAACUGGAAUUUAUAACGUUAUUUUAUUGCGAUAGAAUGAAGGAUCACCAUAAUAUUCUGCCUGCUGUGUUUCAAGGAGUUCUAUCAAUUGUACAAAUGAGUUGCCUCCCACAAAAUGCACCUCAUGGUUUACUUACUGCCUUGUUUCAACAUGUACAGUGUCAAUCUCAGAUAAAGCAAGACCGAAGAAAUGUAUACCUCUUGUUUAAAACUCUGAUUCAGAAGAGAGGCGACAGCUUGAAAGCUAUGGGAACAGAAUUUAUUUAUGGUUUCAUAAGUUUCAUCGAUGGAGAACGUGAUCCUAGAAAUCUCAUGUUACUUUUUAAUAUAAUUCCAAUCUUUGCAAAAGAAUUUCCCAUUGGUCAGCUGACAGAAGAGUUAUUUGAAGUCAUCGCCUGCUAUUUUCCCGUUGACUUCAAUUCCUCUGGAAACGAAGGUCGUGACAUCACCCGUGAUAGGCUUGCCGAAGCACUGGCUCCAUGCCUCUAUGCGAUUCCAGAAUUUGCAGAAUUUUGCUUACCUCUUGUAAUCGAUAAGUUAAACUCAGCAUUGAAGACAGCCAAAUUAGAUUCUUUGACAUUGCUGAGCAAUGGAGUUUCUACAUUUGGAGCAAAAGGGUGUCAACCCCACUUGGAUGAAUUGUGGCCACUCAUUAGAAGAGAAAUCAUGCCCGGAAAUGAUUUGGAGUUAAAGAAUGCCAGUCUGAAAGCUCUAGGAAAAAUCGUCGAGACUUUAUCUAGUACCGAUUUAGACAGAGAAGAAUUUAUCGAGAAGAUCUUGACGGAUACAAAAUCAUCUCUGUGUGAUGUGCAAUUAAGCCUCUUUUGGCCUGCAGAAAAAAUACUGGAAAUUAUAGCUAAUACAAACAAAGAAGCGUGCGUACAAGUGCUUCGAAGCAUUAUUCCAUUAUGCCUUGGACAAUACUCAACGAAAACAUCUUUUGUUGAUAAAACUAUCAUAAUGGAAACUAUAAAUAAUUUCAUAAGAAUUUCUGAUGCUUUCGGAUUUUCUAUCAAAAGUGUUCCAGAAUUGGCUUGGACAGAUUUACCGUUACUCUAUCUAAAUGAGUUAAAUACUGAGGCUGAAGAAUUGCAGUCAAAGGUAUUACAGGGUCUGAUUGCACAAAAAUCUUAUUUAAACGAUGUACAUCGUGCAACUUUAUAUGAAGUCAUUUGUAAAAAAAUUGAUUUUACCAGUAACGAGGUGGAAACAGUAUGUUGCUCGUGUCUCUUGGCAUUUGCUACAUUGUACCCAGGUGAAGUUUUAAAUGUCGUGACUGAAAAACUGUCCAUUGAUGUCGAAGACAUAACGGUGCCAAUACUGACACGCAGGUUGAAAGCACUUUCUAUCGUUGCUAAAGUACCAGAAAUAGGACAUGAAGUUCUUCCAAAAAUUGUUGCUGCUACAGCUGCGCGUGAUGUCGAACUGGGCCUUACAGCAUUGUCUUGCCUGUGCAGAUUAGUUGCUGAGAAAAAUGGAGGUCAUUUCGACAUUAACAAAUAUCUCCAUGAUAAUUGCAAUGUUAUCGAAAGGCUACUCCUUUCGGAGAGCGGUGACACUUAUGAAAGGUUGCACUUAAUUUCAAAGAUUUGUCGAUCGAUUGUAAGACGACUUGAUAUCGAAUCCCAGCAGGCAGUUUUAAAUAAGUAUGGCACCCUUGUAAAUAAACGUUCAUUAGAAAGCAGUGUCAUUUUACUAGAAGGGAUAAUAACACCCUUGCGGCCAAAUGUAAUUGUACCAAAGAUUGACGAGUUGCUGAAUAACUUGUGUAAUUUAGCCAUCGAAAGCAGCGAUGUCGACUGUAAAAAUACUGCUUGUAAAUUGAUUUCUGUACUUAUUAACAAAAUGGCCGAAGAUGAACACAUUGAAAAACUGUUAAACCGUUUGAGAGAGCGAAUCAUGGAAAUCUUAAACAACAGCGAUGCCAGUAUCGAAGUUACAAAAGCUGCUGCUACUUUACACGUCUGGCUGACAAAAGCAUUAAUUAUGAAGGGGAGUCGAAUUUCUCAAGACUUAUUGAACUAUCAUAUCAGUAUCCUUAAACACUCUAAAGUUGGUUUAGAUGCUGCAAAAGAAUUCCAAAUAUUAACAAAUAGACAAGAAGAUUCCUUAACGGAGGAAAACUUCUGUACGAUUAGGAUCUUCUUCAAGCAGAGGAUAUUUCAAAACCUAGUUCAAGCAAGACACCUCUUUACAUCCGACUCUAGAGAAAAUUAUUUAAUAGCUGUAACGCAUUUGUUAGAAGAAGUGCCCACCGAAUUGCUUUUCAUGUACUUGAACGAGCUAGUCUCACUCCUUCAGGAAUCUCUUAAUUUACAUAAUACCCAGUUAGUUCUGUCGACUCUGAUUGCCUUGAAACUGUUGCUGGAUACUAAUAACGAGAUCUUCGCCGACCAAGUACAAAAUUUUAUUCCAAAAUUGUUGAAUCUCUCCACCUACAAAGAAAUGAACGUUAGGAUGGCAGCUUUAGAGUGCUUAACGAGUUAUUGUACAUAUCCAACCAGCGUGAUCAUCGUUUACAAACCAGACGUACUAGAGAAGUUACAAGAAACAAUCGACGAUCGAAAAAGAUUAGUUAGAAAGGUCGCUGUUAGAGCCAGAACGCGCUGGUUCUUGGUUGGUUCUAUCAGAGGCUCUAAAUAAUUUCUAUUUUAUUACGUUUUUUAAGCGACUCGCCUAUGUACUGUUCGACCCAGUACCACCAACACAAUAAAAGGGAGAAACAGUAAUUCCAUUUAA